UGCCACACACUGGUCUGAACUCAAAUGUUAUUUUGGGAUUCAGAAGUCCCCAUGUGCUUCCUGGCUGCAUCGCAUUAUAGGAGGGGCUAAACCUUCACCCUCCCAUUCUAAGCCUAUGUAAUGCCCCCAUGUCGAUAGGCUGGGGAAUUCCUCUCAACAAUAGCUCUCCAAACUGCAGAAUUAGACUGAAGUUUCCAUAAAAGAUGGAUACUGGCCCUCUGCAGGUGCUCACAGUGGCCACAGCUCCUUAUCCGGACCAGAGACCAGGCACCAGUGGUCUCAGGAAAAGGGUCUCUUUGUUUCAGGCCAGACCAUACUAUCUGCACAACUUCAUCCAGAGUAUCUUCUCCUCCAUCGACCUGCGCGACCGCCAGGGAUCCACCGUGGUGCUUGGAGGAGAUGGGCGAUUUUUCAACAGAACUGCCAUUGAGGUCACUGUGCAAAUGGCAGCAGCCAAUGGGGUGGGGCGUGUCAUUAUAGGUCACCAUGGGAUACUGUCCACACCCGCCCUCUCCUGUGUGAUCAGGAAAUACAAAGCUAUUGGCGGCAUCAUUCUCACCGCCAGCCAUAACCCCGGGGGACCAGAGGGAUACUUUGGCAUUAAGUUCAACGUGGCAAACGGAGGGCCAGCUAAAGAGGCUAUUACCAACAAGAUCUUUCAGAUUAGCAGAGCCAUUGAGGAGUUUGCCAUCUGCCCUGGACUCAGGGUGGAUCUGACCACCGUUGGCAAACAGUCAUUUGACCUGGAGAAUAAGUUCAAACCCUUCAAAGUGGAAAUUGUGGACUCUGUGGAGUCAUAUGCCAAUCUUCUGAGGAACAUUUUUGACUUUGCCACAUUAAAGGAACUUUUGUUCAAAGAAAAUCAGAUCAAAAUCAGGGUGGACGCUAUGCAUGGAGUUGCUGGUCCAUACGUGAAGAGGAUAUUGUGUGAGGAGCUGGGCUGCCCUGCCACCUCAGUCAUUAACUGUACCCCUUUGGAGGACUUUGGGGGGCAGCCUCCUAAUCCCACAUACGCUGCAGACCUGGUGGAGGACAUGAGGAGUGGACUGUGGGAUUUUGGUGCAGCCUUUGAUGGUGAUGGGGAUCGUAACAUGAUCCUGGGUAGGAAUGGCAUUUUUGUGUCACCAUCCGACUCCGUGGCUGUAAUCGCGGACAACAUCUUUUGCAUCCCGUACUUUCAGCAAACAGGGGUCAGAGGCUUUGCCCGCAGUAUGCCAACAAGUGCUGCUUUAGACAGAGUCGCUAAGGCGACAAAAAUACAGUUAUAUGAGACUCCCACUGGCUGGAAAUUUUUUGGAAAUUUGAUGGAUGCAGGUUGUCUGUCUUUGUGUGGAGAGGAAAGCUUUGGCACAGGAAGUGACCACGUUCGUGAAAAAGAUGGGCUUUGGGCUGUGCUGGCUUGGCUGUCCAUUCUCGCUGCAAGAAGACAAAGUGUAGAAGACAUUCUUAAAGAUCACUGGUUAAAAUAUGGAAGAAACUACUACACAAGAUAUGACUAUGAGAAUGUAGAUAUAGACACAGCCUGUGAAAUGAUGGAAGACUUGGAAAUAUUGAUCACAGACAAGUCGUUUGUGAGACAGAGAUUUGCUGUGGAGGAUAAAAUCUUUCAAGUAGAAAAAGCUGACAACUUUGAGUACACAGACCCUGUCGACAGCACCAUCUCCAGGAACCAGGGGUUGAGGAUAAUCUUCUCUGAUGGCUCUCGAAUCAUCUACAGACUCAGUGGAACGAGCAGUGAGGGGGCCACAGUCAGGAUAUACAUUGACAGCUAUGAACAACACAAUGUUUUUCAAGAUACUCAGGUGAUGCUGUCGCCCCUUGCAACCAUCGCAGUAAAGAUUUCUCAGCUGCAUCACAGAACAAGACGAACGGGCCCUUCAGUCAUCACAUGAAACUGGACAGAUUUUGUAUUACUUAACGUCAAUGAACUUUUAACUUUUGCACAAACUGAGCGGCACUUCCAUACUAUAUAUAUUAUGAGUACUACUUACUGCUUGGGCAAAAAUGUAUUAUAGUGA